AUUACACCAUAGAAAAUUGCCAUAGAAAAGCAAAUAAUGUUACAUUAAUUCCAGUCCACUGAGUAUCGAUUUUGCGUUGAUAAGAUAAGUACUUAAUAAAUUCUUCCCCAAGCAUUUAAUUGAAUUAAUUGGUUUAAAAAUAACACCGCAAUCCUAAUUAUAGACUCUUUAAUAUAAAACGAAAAUGUAAAGUAUAGACUGGUAUGCUUUAGAUACAACCGGUAUUAAAUUUUAACUGAUCUUUUUUGGGCGUAGUUGUUUUAUUAGUAAACCGGCUCUUGCUCAAACAUUUUAAUGAACGAAUUAAUAAUACACCCGAAACGGUUUCUUUCCAUUUAUAACCAGGCUAUCGCUGAUAUUAACCCAUUAGUGUUGAUAUUUUGAUUACACAAGCAUUAAUAAACAAAACGAGUCUUAAAGACCCUAUGAGAAUUUCACUGCAGAUACAUUUAAGUGCCACGUUAAUGGGCUAAUUAGCUGAUAAUUUGUAUGGCCAACUUGAGGUGGGAACUGCAUGGGUAGAGAGCAAGUCAAUCAAGAUCGUGACCAUGCUCUAUGUAAGCGGAAACUUCCCGGACUUCCCACAUCUAUACCCCCUGCUCCGCUGCCUGCACUAAAUCGGAGAACACUUGGAUCGUAAAUCGCGAAUGGCCCAGCACUGAUUACAAGCGUCGAAGGGUAAUCUCUAUACUCGGGCCUAGCCUGCGCUAACCCCUCGGAAGAAUGUGCUAUUAUUAUAAUAGCUGUUCGAAGCUCCACGGUGCCAGACACACAUAUAGCCAGUGCGAUCGUUGGUUAGCGUAAAUAUCGCGAUUAGAUUUAAGCCGACAGCCGUAACGGGAUGGAGUCUUGGCUAAAGAUAUCGUGUGUGCUCUGCAUUUUCGGCUUCCUCAGGGAGUUGAGGCCCUCGGAGCCUUAUCACGCGGAGAUCCUGAUGGGUGAGUGGUAUCAUGUCACAGACGAGGUCAAUCGAUCGGUAUAUCCCGUGGGAACCUACUCCUACCUGGCGCUUCUAAUCUUUGUCUUCCUUAUAACGGAUUUGCUCAGAUACAAACCCGUGAUCAUCGCCAAUGCAAUUACUGGAAUAUCCAUAUGGGGAACUCUGAUAUGGACAAGCACUUUGGGCGGGCUUCAGGCGGUGGAGGUGUUCUAUGGCUUUUACCAGGCUGCCGAGGUGGCCUACUACUCGUACAUCUAUGCCAAGGUGGACAAACAGUACUAUCCCCGGGUGACCUCGCAUACUCGAGCAGCAAUGUUUGUGGGCAAACUGGUGGCCGGUCUUCUGGCGCAACUGGUGAUCGGCAUGCAGUGGAUGAACUACAAGCAACUGUUCUACAUCUCAGUGAGCUCUCAAGUUGCAGCGCUUCUAUGGGCCUUCGGCUUGCCAAAGGUGGAAAAAAGUGUCUACUUCCAUAAUAAAACCGAAGCUAUACAAGUUGCUGGCAAAUCGGAUGGAGGAGGUCUGGAGAAGGGAUCAGAGGAUACCGAUGGAAAGAAAGAACCGAAGACUGUCACGAGUCCUAGUAAGAAGGUUCCAGCUUGGCAGCUGCUCUGGUCCCAUUUUCGUAGUGCCUAUACCAAUUCUUUGGUGGUGCAAUGGAGCUUAUGGUAUGCUAUAAGUCUCGGGUUUCUGCAAAUAACCACCUAUAUGCAGGUGGUUUGGAAGUCCUUCGCAAAUGAACCAACAAUAGCUUGGAACGGAGCUGUGGAUGUUGCCCUGACCCUUCUGAGUGCUGUCUUUGCCCUCCUCGCCGGAUACUUCCAUGCUGGACUGAGCACCAGGAGCAGCCUGCUCUCAAUGGCUCUACUGUCCAUCCUUGAGGGUGGUUGUGUUCUUCUUUCCUGCUGGACCGCUAAUAUAUACCUAUCCUACCUCGGCUAUGUGCUUUACGGCGGAUUAUUCGCCUUUACCAUUACAGUGGCUAGUUCUGAAUUGGCCAGCAGCUUAAUGGAGGAUAGUUUCGCCCUGGUUUUCGGUUUCAAUACAUUUGUGGGUCUCAUCCUUCAAUGCAUCUUGACAUUUGUGGUUGUUUCGGAGAAGGUCAACUUAAAUCUGGAUGUUUUCCAGCAGUUUACAGUAUACGCCAUGUACUUUAUAGUAAUUGGAGUAGUCUAUUCAAUGGUGUUCUACUUACUAUGGUCAUGCUCGAAGAGAUCAAAAUCCAUUCAAGUUUCUAACUAAGGAACUAUAUACUACUCAUUUGUUUAAAUAUUUGGUUAAUGUGAAAGUGUUCAAUUUCGGCUAGAGCAUAAAUAAUUAUUAUAAAUUUCUGUGAACUUUUAGUUCUGAAAUAUGUUUUUAAAUGUCCCUUUAUAAGCAACGUUUCCAAAUUAAAACAGAUCGUUGUCGUGAA